UCGACCCAGCUCCAAUCAGACUGAUUCUCCCGCUCGAAUUUAAUUUAACCAGGAAAUAAACAAAAACAUUCAAAAUGUUUGUACCCGAAACGGAGGAUAUGCUGCCUAGAUCGGCGCCCAGGCCAAGUGCAGCGGUGCCAAUGGGGCACACCAACGAAAUAGUACGACCCACUGUGCCUGAGGUGUCCAUAUUGUUUGGUCAAGCGCCGCAGGAUCAGCAAAUUCAGGUGCAGCAGCAGCCUCUGCAAGAGCCAUCACCUCGCGCUGCGCCGACUUUUGCGUCUUGGAAGAAGCAGAUGCUUCCCCGGGUCAACUUCUCGCCCAUCCUUGCCACGGAAUUGGGACCACGAACUCCUCCAAACAACAGUGGUCCUUGCUCAUCCAACGAGUACAUUAUGGCGACGAGGAAUCGCAACUACACAAACGAUGCACCACCAAGUGGAAAUCAAAUGGGCGCCAGCAAUUCAGGAGGGUAUAAUGCCGAACCCAAGCAGCAGACUUAUCAAGGCAGGCGCUUGUCCAGUUCGUCUAACGCUGAUGUCCUAACGAUUUGUGCUGGUACACAAACCGAUUCCUUUAACCCAACUCCUCCGCGUAAUUCCCUGCCCUCAGUGGUUUACUCGGACAUUGACGUCAGCAACCUGGCCAAUAAGACUGACUUGGCGGAACUGGUUUCCCUCAUGGAGUCCAUGCGCCAGGAGCAGCAGCAGCUUAAGAAUCUUUGUUUGGUGCUUUUGGAGCAACAACAGCGAGUGAAACCCGAAGCCAUCUCGAAAGCCAGCAGAUCAACUGCUAUUCAGUGUGAUAUUUUGACUACCAAUAAUGGCAGACGAAUAUCUCCGAUUAUACAAGAUUACAUAGCAGAAGAUGAGGAGCCAGUAGCCUCGCCUCAAGCUCGAGUGAUUCCGCAGUUUCAAUCUCCACGAUCCACUCCGCCCAUGGCUCAAUCUACGGGCUAUCGGGCUAAUACGCCCCAAAGUAAACGGAUUCCUCAACUGGCCAAGCCAAACACCGAGAAGAGCAUGGUGAUGAACGAACUCGCAUUAAAGUACUUGCGCCAGCCCGUCGACGAGCUUAUGAAGGAGAUUCGCCUAGGCUCGUCGCCGAAGUCCCCUAAUCCAGAACCCCUUCGCCAGAUUGAUAAUCUCGCCCACUCCCAGAGUCCCAACGACAUUUCAAAUGCUUCGUACAAGUACCUCAAGAAAUACCGCCUGCUGCCCGAGGAACAACUGGAGCAAGUGUGCCCACGAUCUCCAACGGCAGCGGCGGCCUCCUCGCCACAAAUGCAACUUGAUUUGGAGAACAUUAGGAACCAGCCGAAACUGUUGUGAAAGCAAAGAUCAUUUUUUU